GCAACUCGAUGCAGCACACAAAACACACGCCAAGAGGCUACCAGUGAGAUCCAGUGUGCUCAAGGGAUCGUUGUGAUCGAUAUCGCAGCGCACGCAAACUGGUGAGCAUCGCUGAGCGUCGCUGAGCACGCUGCAGCGAGCGUGAGAGCAAGCACUCCUACGCCGUCGCCGCAUCCAUCGCGCGAGCCGCCGCGAGAGACGCGGCGCGCCCGAACUCCGCAACGUAUCCUCGCACCGAAACGAAGACCAAUGUCGGGCCUCGAGGACAAGCUCGCGGCGGCGUCGCUCGAGCCAGCCGAGCAGCCCAAAAAGAAACCAUCCCUCUUCGGCAAGAAGAAGAAGAAGUCCUUCGCGACGAAGCUGACCCAGGAGCGCCCGCCCGAGAAGCAAGCCACAAAACCGAAAGCCGUACAACAACCGACGACCUUCAAGGCCGCCGACUACGCUUCAAGCGCAAGGCGCGGCGCCGACGUCUCGGCGCAGAACAACUGUUCCUUGGAGGCUUUGGGUGUGGCUCUGUACGCCGCGCGCGCCUUCCGGGAGGCGUUCGAGCGAGCGACGGGCUCGAGCCCCGUCGCCGAUGCUCUACGAGAAGUACUGAAAGGAGUAUCAAAGAACGAAAUACCAUCAUCCCAAAACGAGGCCCUGCGCCAGGCGUUGUCGACGCGGGGCGGCGCCAUCUCCGCGGCCUUCGCAUACGCGGACGCCGCUGAAGUGCUCGAGCUGUUGUUAGAUGCGCUGGAGUCUGAUCUGGAAAAAUGGAGCCGUCCUUGCACGUCUGUGGGGUAUCAGCUCGUGCGGCAGCCUUGUCUCUUGUGCGGCGAUUCUUCUAGAGCGGGCGCGAUGAAUGAGAAGCGAGACGUGCGGGCCUUUCCCGUGAUCGCCGCUUCGAUCCUACAUUUGCUGGAGUCGGCGUCGACCCCACAGACGUUUGCGGAUUUGUUCCGGGAGGCGCGGGCGAGUGAACCCGUCUCUUGUACCGCUCUGUGCACAAAUCAAAUUUCAUGGCGCUUAUCAUGACCUCCACGCUAUCGACGCGACGCCUGCUCGACGGCGUGGCGGCUGUCGGUUCCUCACUGUUCCAUGGAGCCAGCACGGCCGCGUCAUCGCACCCGACGCACUGGUUGAUUUGCGCACAGGUACCGCUUGCGGGGAGAGGGCGUGCGCCGUCGGCGGCGAGAUGGAGACCGUGGCACCGGUGUUAGUCGUGAACCUGACCUGGAUGGAGACGCCCUCGUCGUCAUCGAUCGCGCAACUCGUCAGAGGCGCCCUGCUCCCCUUCGACGCCGCGGUGGCCUUCGGCGGCGGCUCGGAAGGCAUGUAUCAAUGCGUCGCCGUCGUCUGCUUCAAGGGCGACCACUACACGGCCUACGCGCGGCCGCCUCCGUCCAGUGUGGACCUGCGCUACCCGCCGCGCUGGACGCUCCGCGACCGUUUUGUCGACCGCGGGAGCGGCGACGUCGAGUGGUUGCUCGGGGAGCUGGCCACGGCGAAGCCGAAGCUUCCGGCACUGCUGGUGUAUGUGCGGGUGUAAGUGAUCUAUGUGUCGCGGG